AUGAAUGAGAUCAACAAUAACGACCACCUCUUGCCUAACACAACAUUAUCAUCCAUCAUCACUCCUACUGUUCUCAAUGAAGUGGGAUCCUGUGCUGGGACUAUGGAACUCCUUUUCCAAAAUCAGGGGAACCCCAUUAACUACAUCUGUGACAAGACAUACAAACUAAUGGCCAUCAUUGGAGGGCUCACCUCUCAUAACUCUAAGCAGAUGCCCCACAUCUUAAAUAUCUAUAAGAUGCCGCAGGUGUGUACUGUAUACAUAGGUGCAACCAGUAGGAGUAUUUAGUGGAACAAGCACAUUUGUGUACCCAUGACCUUCCUUGUGUUUAACACAGGGACUAACUUGACCCUAUGGGGAAAUGCAUGCAAUAGAAGCUGGGUUCCAGAAGGCCUCACUAUCAACCCACGUGAAUGAACAGGAGGAAAUGUACACUGUGACAUCAGAAGCCAUUUUGAGUGGUUUGGCCAGCACCAUCUCAUUAAAGGCCAGAACAACCCUGGAUUUAAUCAGUCCAGUUAAUCUGCCCUCAUUUUCUUCCUUCUCCAUUCCCCCUCCAGUUUAACAUUUUCUCCCUAAGUUAUAAUAAUGAAUAGUAAGUUGCAAUAAGAAAUAUUCUGAAUUUUUAUAUAAAAAGUCAGGUUCACAAUGCUCUUUUCACAUAUGGGGCAAGACAGUUUGACACCAAUUCUGGCCCAACUGCACUGGCUGCAAAUUAGUCUCCAGGCCGAACUCAAGGUGCUGGUUUUGACCUAUAAAACCUUAAAUGGCUCAGAACCGCAAUACCUCAAGGACUGCCUCUUUGAACUGACACAAACCCUGAGCUCAUAAUCUGAGGGCCUUUGUAAUGUGCCUCCCCAGGAUACGUUUGACAGGUGGCAACACGAGAAUGGGCCUUUUCUGUGGUGUCUCCCUUCUUGUGAAAUGUUCUCCCCAAGGAGUCUUGCCUGAUGCCUUCAUUACAUAUCUUUAGGCACCAGGCGAAAACAUUCCUCUUCUCCCAGGCAUUUAGCUAAUUAAACAACCUACAGCCUUUAAAACUGGGGUGGGUAUUGCUUUUGUUUGUCAUCAUGGUACAUAUUUUUGUGUUUUUAUCUUGUGUUUUUAUCUUGGAUGAAGUGUAGUAUAAAAAUUUAAUAAAUAACAAGGAAUAAAACUGGAAGCCUUUUGUUAACUUUUCUUUUUAAAAUAUGUCCUGUAUAAAAGUGUCGGCAUGUAUAUAUGCUCUCCCUCUCCCUCUCUCCCUCUCCCCCCGGCCCACCUAAUUUAUGUGUUUCUUUAAUCAGCUCAGUAAUCAUGUCGAGUUUGUGGUAUUGGAGAGUUUAUAUAGUCCCUGCAGUAUUUGUAUCAAAUAUAAAAUGACCUAAACGGUCUUCCUGCCAGAUCACCAAAGGAAAAAUCUGAAUUUUUGGUUAGGUCUAAAAAAAAAUUGUUGCUCCUGUUUUUCAGCUCAGCUAUAAAUCCUUCAACCCUGCACUGAGCGAUAAAACACAGUUCCCUUCUGUCUAUCGGAUGAUGCCAAAUGAACGUCCUCAGUAUGUUGGGAUUGUUCAGCUGCUUCAGCAUUUUGGAUGGACUUGGAUUGGCCUUAUUAUUUCAGAUGACGACAUUGGAGAAAUACUGUUGAGGACUCUCAUGCCUUGGCUGUACCAGAACAAUAUUUGUGUGGCUUUUAAGGAAAUUAUUCCAACGCCGAAGAAGGUCUUUGAUGAAGCACUGCUAACAGAUAAGAACUUGGUGAGAAUAAGCACAGUUCUCUUUUCGGCUGUAACCAAUGUGAUUCUCGUUCACGGGGAGUCACGGACUAUGGAGAGCUUACGAAUGGUUCUAUUUCUGCAUGAAUUUCUUGAAAGGAAGCCAGAAGAGAGGGUUUGGAUCAUAACAGCUCAGUGGGAUUUCACAACUGUGCCGGUUAAGUACGCAUUCACACCAAAAACCUUCAAUGGCACCUUGUCCUUCACAUGCCACACAAAUUAUAUGGCAAAAUAUGAAGAGUUCCUUGAGACUGUACAUCCUAAUCAAUCUACACUUUAUUACAUCCAUCAUUUCUGGUCUGUCUCAUUUAUGUGUGCAUUUCCCUCACUGGGCAUUGUUGCAGAAGACAUAAAAAACUGUACUGGAAAAGAAACCUUGAAGAGCCUCUCUGGAUUGGUUUUUGAAAUGGGAAUGUCUGGUCAGAGCUACAGUAUUUACAAUGCAGUUUACGCUGUUGCACAUGCUCUCCACGCCAUGUUUUCAUCAAGAUCUAGGCAGAAGGCAACGCUCAAUGGUGCCACAAGAAAUGGCUCAAAUGUUUACCCAUGGCAGGUAGGAAACUCAUGCCCACCUCUACUUAAUAUAUGACCAUGAAUGCUGGAUUCAGGUUUAUUACUUAGCAAUUGACUGAGUUUGAUUCAGCAACAACACACAUACAUAUACAAAUACUGAGGUUGCCCUGAUGAACCAUAUUGAUUUAAGAUGCUGUGUUUCUUCGCAGAAUUUUGAAAUGUUCUCUGCUAGCUUUCCCCAACCUGGUAUUCCUCAAAUGUUGUUGACUACAGUUUCCUUUUUGCACCAGCCAAAAUGACCAACGGUCAGGAAUGAUGUGACCUGAAGUCCAAGGCAUCUGGAACUGACAAAGUUCAGGGAGGUUAUAAAGGUUAUGAACAAAGCAUAUUCAACACGGGCCUCAUAUCUCGUUAUGGCAACCAUGAAAAUUGAGAAAAUAUUUUAUUCCGUUGACUCUAUAUCCCCCACACAAUAGUAAGAAGGAGCUAGUUGAGUAUGAUAUUAGAGUGACAAAGUGAUUUUCCACACUUCUUCUUGUCCCGCUGCUGUUCUGCUGCUUUCCCCGGGGGAAAACCCUUCCUUUGCCCUCAACUGGAACAAAACAAAAAGUGGGUUUUCCCUGGGAAGGAAGUGAGGCAAGAGGAGAAUGGCUCAGAUCUGUGCCUAGGAAGUGUAAGGUAAAGGUAAAGGACCCCAGGAUGGUUAAGUUUGGUCACAAGCAACUAUGGGCCUAUGGCGCUCAUCUCGCUUUCAGGCCAAGGGAGCCGGCAUUUGUCCACAGACAGCUUUCCAGGCCACGUGGCUAGCAUGACUAAACUGCUUCUGGUGCAAAGGAAUACCAUGACAAAAACCAGAGUGCAUGGAAACACCAUUUACCUUCCCACCACAACGGUACCUAUUUAUCUACUUGCACUGGCAUGCUUUCGAACUGCUAGGUUGGCAGGAGCUGGGACAGAGCAACGGGAGCUUGCUCCGUCACGGGGAUUCAAACCGCCGACCUUCUGAUUGGCUAGCCCAAGAGGCUCCAUGGUUUAGACCACAGCACCACCCACGUCCCUUGCCUAGGAAAUGUAGGUCAAGUGGAAACACACAGACCCACACUUUCAAGGAAUGGGACAAGUGGAAGUGUCUACAAGCCCCCAAACAAGAAAGUAAAUUCCAGGUAAAACACAGUAACUGUUACUGCAAUUGGCAGUAACAUGUCCUUUUCUUCUCCAAUCUACGUAGCUUCACUCCUUCCUGAAACACAUCCGUUUCAACAACAGUGCUGGAGAAGAAUUUUUUUUUGAUGAAAAUGGAGACUGGGCAACAGGAUAUGAUAUCGUCAAUACUGUCACAUUCCCCAAUUUGUCCAUACACAGAGUUCGUGUUGGAAGACUUGAUCCAAAGGCUCCUGAAGGAAAGAAGUUCACCAUCAAUAGAAGUGCUGUUGUGUGGAAUCACAAGUUUAACCAGGUGGGAAACACAGAUAUUCUCCAGAACAAUAGAUUCUGAACAAAUCCUGCCUGCGCCUGGUUCCACACAGAAUAGUGUAAAGUCCAACCUGUUCUGGUUCCAUGCAGGUAUUUCAGGAGGAAUCUGCAGAAAUCCAGGAGAGGGGAUGA